AUGCCGCUCUCAACCGUCAGCUCCAACUCCUCGGAUGAGCGCGAGAACACCAAGGCGGGGCUCAAGGCGUGGUGGGCUGGAUUCACCCGCAAGGGCGCGUCUCCGAUGAAGCGCGCCGCCUACCUGUCUCCCUCGGACGCAGCCAAGGGCGCCAGUGGGACGAGCAGCACCAGCGCCGCUUCUGGCUCUGCAGCCUCGGGCGGCUCUGGCGCCAGUUCGUCCGGCGGCCGCAGUGGUGGUUGCGAUGGUGGUGCAGGCCGCGUGUUUGGCGUACCGCUGCGGACAUCGCUCAAGUAUGCCUCGGUUGCCAUCUCCAUGGCCGGGCCGGACGGGAACCAGUACGUGUGGGGCUACAUCCCCGCCGUUGUCGCCAAGCUGGGGCUGUACCUGAAGGAGAACGCGACCGAGGUCGAGGGUGUGUUCCGCAUCGCGGGGAGCCAGAAGCGGAUGAAGGAGCUGCAGGAGCUGUUCGAGCGGCCGCCCAAGUACGGCAAGAACGUGGACUGGACCAAGACGCCGUAUAGUGUGCACGACGCGGCGAGCGUGCUGCGCCGUUAUCUCAACCACAUGCCUGAGCCGAUCGUGCCGCUGCACCUCUACUCGGAGUUCCGCAACGUCAUGGUGAAGCGCCCGUUCAAACCAGACGCCGCCAUCAAGACGUACCGCCUGCUGAUACAGAGCAGCCCACCUGCCAACCAGUACCUCCUGCUCUACGUCCUCGACCUCCUCGCCGUCUUUGCGCGCAAGAGCGGCAAGAACCUCAUGACGUCUGCGAAUCUCGCCGUCAUCUUCCAGCCGGCCGACGAGCAUCAGACCGCGGUGCAGGUGCUAGAAUUCUUGAUCGAGCACCAAGACCACUUCGUGCUGGGCCUAUCGCCCCCUCCCCCGCCGCACAUUAAGCCAGAGGAGCUGACUGCCGUCUCGCGCGUGGACCAGGCGGCCGCCGCCGUUGACGAUGAGGCACUCCUCCCUUCCGACUCGGACGAGGAUCUGGGCGAGCUGCAGGCGCACGAGGGCGGCGGCGCGGCGAUCGCGCGCAAGGCCGCCGCCGCCGCCGAGGCGGACGCGGCCGCCAGGCGCGAGAGGAAGGCCAAGGGUGGCUUCCUCGCUGCCGCCAUCGGCAAGCUGGCGUCCACCGGUCUCGUUCCGCCGCCGCUACUUGGCCCCUCUUCUUCUUCCCCGCAGCAGGACCUUGCCGCCUCCGGCGCCGAAGCGUCGUCGACGGACAUGCAUCGUAGCGUCAGCGCAAGCAGCGCUGCCACCGCAGCAGCUGAGAAUGGCACCUUUUUGGAAGGCCGCGAGGUAGGAGGGCCUGCUGAUGCUAUUUUUGGCGGGCGCGCGCCGGCAUCGUUGUCGUCAGCGAGCGGCAUCGGCAGCAGCAGCGUCACCGCCAGCGGUGCCACUUCGCCACCGCGCUCUCCCCUGCUCAGCGGCCUCAUUCGCUCUUCUAGCAGAGGCAAGGGCGUUACCAACAGCAACAGCAAAACGAGCGCGCCGUCGAGCCCGGAAGCGUCCACAUCUGGUGGUGUCCGGCGGAGCAAGACUACGCCGACGAAGAAAGCAGCAGUAGAAGGAGCAGCGGGCAAAUUCUCUUCUUCGACUUCUUCGCCGCGCGCUGCCAGGCGAAAGCGCAAGCACGAGGCGACGCACACAGCGGCUAAGCAAGUCGACGAGUUGGGGCUAUCCGCAGCACCGGCAUCGACGUCCGUAGCAGCGGCGACACUUGCCCCCGCAUCUGAAGCAGCGCCUCUUGCAUCUGCAGAUUCCGCGCCCCCUCCGGCCGCAGACGCGCCUGCAGAGGCAACUACGGCGGUGGCAACAGCAGCAGAGGCCACUGUCAGCGGUAUGGCGGACUCGAAGCAGGCCGACGCAGCGACAGCCGCUGCUGCACCGAAAGAAGCCUAUCAAGAUCGUGGCCCAGUCAAGCUGCUCGAUGCCAGUCAACCAAUGCUUGGCGACCCUGCUGCACUACCGCCUUGA